CCCCCAAGCAUGAAGCUCACUAUCGCCUUGGUCUUGGCCAUGGGAGUCGCCAGCGGGCACCCGGGUGGCACCACUGCCAGCCUGGGUGACAACAAUCCCACCGACACAGAAUGUAAGACAUCAGCCAAGGCAGACAUCGUGCUGCUGAUCGACGGCUCCUGGAGUAUCGGCCGCCUCAACUUUAAAACAAUUCGCAACUUCAUCGCUCGCUUGGUCAGCGUCUUUGACAUCGGCCCCGAUAAUGUCCAGAUCGGUCUGGUUCAGUACAGCGGAGACCCUAACACCGAGUGGCACCUAAACGCUCACCCCACCAAGGCGUCCCUGCUGAAGGCCGUGGCCAACCUGCCUUACAAAGGAGGAAACACCAAGACUGGGAUGGCUCUGAGCUACAUCCUCCAGAACAACUUCAGACGCCACGCGGGAAUGCGCCAAGACUCUCGUAAAAUCGUCAUCCUGGUCACAGACGGAAAGUCACAGGAUGAAGUCGUCACCCACUGGCAGAAGCUGAAAGAGACCGGCAUCGAGCUGUACGCCAUUGGUGUGAAGAACGCAGACGAGAAUGAGCUUCGGUCCAUGGCCAGCGACCCCCUUGAGACUCACAUGUACAACGUCAACGACUUCAAGCUUCUGCCGGACAUCGUGGAUGACCUCACCCUCAACCUUUGUAACAGCAUCAAGGGCUCAGACGUGGAUGGAAGCGUCGUGGCCAAGGAGUCACUCUGCCACCCGAGAGGCACCGUGAAGUGGAUGUUGUGCAAGACCAGCCUGUGCAACGGGGCCCCCCGCCAGCCCGGGGCCUCGGCCCUGCUCGCCACCGCCAUCUUGACUGUGCUGGUGGAGGUGCUGCAGUGA